GGAGCGGGGCUGGCGGCACGGGCGCCGUGCCGCGGUUACCGGCUGACGCUGUCGGACGACGAGCUGUACCAGCGGACGCGGGUGACGGUGCUGCAGCCGGAGAACCCCGGCAUCGCCUUCAUCGAGGGCUACAGCACCCGCGGCUUCACCGUCAGCGGCACCGCGGUGGUGGGGCCCUGCGCCGUGCUGUCCCGAGCCAUCCUGCAGUGGAACGUCGGCUCCUUCCAGGACAUCUCCUUUCAGAGCCUGGCGCUGUUCCGCCUGCUGGAGCCCCCGAUCGAGAUCCUGGUGCUGGGUACCGGGGACAGGGUGGAGCGGCUCCAUCCCGCCGUGCUGAAGCAGAUGCGGGCGUGUGGGAUCGCCGUGGAGGUGCAGGACACGCCGAACGCCUGUGCCACCUUCAACUUCCUAACGAAUGAAGGGCGCCUCGUAGCUGCCGGGCUCAUCCCCCCGCAGGGCACCCACAGGGAGGUCUAGGUGCCGCCCGCCUCCGCCACGGACUGAGCGCCUCGUCCCUCGCCUGCCGGGCGUGCGGGGGCUGCUGCACUCCCCCACCGCUGCUCCCGAGGGAGAGACGCUGCGCAAGGAACAGGAGGGUGUUGGGAGAGGUCCGGGCUGCACAGCCCCCCGGCACGCUGGGGGCUCCCCAGGAGAAUACACAUAAAUGAGAAGUACAGA